UUGAGGAACGACGAUGAAUGUGGCUCCAUGAAAUUAUGAUCAAAAAUUGAUUCAUGGCCUGGUUUUGGAAACUAGACUACUACAAGCUGGACCAUUAUUGGUUCUGCUCAAUUGAGCAUAGUGAGUUAAUCAGCUGCCUCUAAUGUGUAGCAUCUUAUAUCUAAUUUAACUCCUCAUGUAGCUGUCAUUUCUCGGGAGUUGAGCUCGUAAGGCACUCCACAACUGAUCUCAUAGAUCUCUGUGCAUAGGCGCAUCCGUAGUUUGGUUGACCGGCGCUUGCAUCUUCACAGCGAUCCACUUCAACAGUACAUGUACGUGCGUGUUCUGAAAUCCAACUACUAUAUGAAACUCCAAAACUGAACAUCAACUGAUUGACUGAGUCGAUUGACUGAGUUGAUUUUAUGUGUUUUUAUCUAAAAUAAAUAUUGUCUUGUCGCCAUGGAUGGAGUUGGGCUUCUUAUUUUCACAAUAUGCUGCCUAGUCGAGCUUAUUUGUACACAUCAGUGUGGACAGUUGCGGUUAUACUACACUGCAGAAAAUCGUGCACUGAUCAGUUAUAUUCUGGAUGUGAAAAUUGUGAAGUCUAGGGUAACAUGCGUGCGUGAAUGUGCUAUGCUACCAAAGUGUCUCUCCGUCAACUUUCACGAAAUCAGCCGUCGAUGUGAACUUUGCACCGCAACAAGGAUCCAGAGUCCUGCAUCAUUCAGUGAAGUUCACCAAAGUGUCUACAUCGACACUUUUCCUGAAACAAACCACCUCUCUGUGCAACAUUUCAGCAGUUGUGUGGACCUCCUGGACUCUGGCUUCACAGCCAGCGGUGAAUACACCAUCUACCCAAACAGCUUCAACGAUGGUCUGCAGGUCUACUGUGAUAUGGAAACUGACGGCGGGGGAUGGAUGGUCAUUCAGAGGCGGCAGAAUGGCUCAGUCGAUUUCUACCGAGAUUGGGAAACCUACCGAGCUGGCUUCGGCAGUCUGUCCGGGGAGUUCUGGAUCGGCAACGACAUCUUACUCAAUUUGACAAAAUAUUCAGGAUGGUGGAGGCUACGCAUCGAGUUGGAGGACUGGGAAUCCAACACGGUUUGGGCUGAGUAUGGUGAGUUUGGUGUUCAGGGGAAUUUGUACAGGGUAAGGAUCACCGACUAUGACAUAAACAGUACCCUGCCAGAUUCUCUGACAUGGCACAAUAAAAAACCAUUCUCAACCUACGACAUGGACAAUGAUGGUGUUGAUCCCCAUUGUGCAGAGACAUAUGGAGCAGGUUGGUGGUUUGGUUACUGUACCAUAGCUUGCCUCAAUGGCAGGUACUACCAUCAGCCAAAGGCUCCGUAUCGCUCAGGAAUCCACUGGGAAAGUUGGAAAGGAAAGUACUAUUCCAUGAAACGAAGCAACAUGAAAAUAAAAUAAAUGUGCCCACAUAUUGGGACGAGUGAGUCAAGAGGAGGUAUUAUAAGGCCUCAUACAUUCUAGUAUAAUCAGGGCGAAUAAUAAGUAGCAAUCCUGCAUACACAACGCGUUUACUUUCGCCCAACCAAUCGGGAAGUGCAUGUCUCACACACAUGCACAUGUACUUUUAAGAUCAGCUCUAGACUCCCAAUGAUGCAACAGUAGUGAUCUUAAGUGAGGUUCCUGUUGGCAACACACUAAAACCCUCACAACGUGAGAAAUUACCAUUUGCAUUUAACGUGAGGGAAAUUUUCCACCAAAAAUUUGUCGUGAAACUAAACAUGAUUUACCCGGGCCAGAUCAGCCCCCAAUUCUGCAACAGUAGUGAUGUCAUGUAAGGAUCCUUAAUGGUGGCACCAUACUAAAACCUUUAGGAUGGGUCAAUUAUUGUUUGCAUUUGUUGACUUGAACUGCCAAUGAAGCGAGCUACGGUUUGUGAUGUGUAAUCCAACAAAUACAACAUGCUUUAUCCCAGCAAGUAGUGCCGAAAUUACUGGCCCCUUGUUGCUGGCUGAUUUUCACCUCCUCCCUUGACUUUGCAUUGGAAGAUACCAUCAUUCUUGUUUACUACACUCCCGAGGACAAUGCUUUGUGUUUUCCUUUGUCCCUGUAAUAUAACACUCUCCCAUAGACUAAGCACAC